AUGACAGAUAAACCAGUCCCAAGAAAAGUCGCAUUAGCUGUUACAUCUUAUUUUGGCCCAUUUUAUGAUGAUGGCUCCAAAACUGGGUUGUUUUGGAGUGAAGCUGCACAUCCUUUUGAUGUAUUUACAAAAGCAGGUUUUGAAGUUGAUCUUGUCUCAGAAACAGGAACCGUUGGUCUUGAUGAACAUUCAACUAAAGAACCAUUUUUAGCUAAAGAAGAUAUUGAGGCAUUUGAAGAUAAAUCUUCAGGAAUUAAUGCACAAUUGAAAAGCGUGAAAAAGGCUUCUGAUUUGAAUCCAAGUGAUUAUGGUAUCUUUUUCGCAGCUGGUGGUCAUGGUGUUUUAUUUGACUUCCCUAAUGCUACAAAUUUACUUGAAUUAGCUUCUCAAAUUUAUGAUAAUGGUGGUAUUGUUAGUGCAGUUUGUCAUGGUCCAGCGAUUUUCGAAAAUUUAAAAGAUAAGAAAACUGGUGAACAUCUAGGUAAAGGUAAAACUUUAACAGGUUUCACAAAUCUUGGUGAAGAACAAAUUGGUGUUGUCGCUGCUGUUAAAAAGUACAAUCUUAAAUUCAAUCAAACUGUUUUCGAAGAAAUUGGUGCAACUUGGUCACCACCACCUUCUCCAUUUGAAGUAUAUUCAGUUGUUGAUGGAAGAAUUGCUACAGGUUCGAACCCGGCUUCAGCUGCUGAUACUGCUAACAGUGCUAUAAAAGCAUUCAAUUCAUUAUCUGUUUAA